CAUUCAAAUCCCCAAAAUUCCCCUGAAAUUCAUGGCAAGUUUUGGAUUUAGAGGGUAAUUUGCAAUGAGUGGAUACAAACUUCAGACCCGAGCUGUAGCUACAGGUCUGCUCUCAGUCCAACUGGGAAAUGCAUCUAAUACAUUACAUUAACAAGUAAACGGGAGUAAUUUUUGAUGAGUCAAGUCAGUUUCUUAAAGCACCAGUGACACUUCAUCGACUUUCUCAGUUUUCAGACUACUCCUAAAUUUGAAGAUCAUGACACGGCUUGUCUUUUUUCCUCCGUGCUACUGAUUUUGUAAUGUUAGUUAGUAGUUAUGCGUGUGAAAAAUCAGAGGUUUUCUCUAGCUGUGCAACAUUCAGGAAAUACUGUGUUGUACUUCCUUCUUUUUUAAGCACGUAUAUUCCAGACAUCUUGUUGGGCAACUGUAAAUUAUUGCUCGGCUGGUAAAACUAGUGGGAAAAUAACUCGUGCUUAUUAAGUACAUAAUAGGUGUACUUCCCAAAACCACACCCCUUGAAACAGGCUCUUUGAUAAAGGAGCUGCACUACUUGCCAUGAGUUAGUCUGCUUUGUGGGACGCCAUGGACCGACAAGUGAUCAUUGUUUCAAGGCAAGAGUGGGGAGCAGCCGCUGCCAAACAAACCAAGGCUCUGAAAGGACCUGCCCGAAGAGUUGUUAUACACCACACUGCCUACCCAAGCUGCAAAGGCCUGGCUGAGUGCAAAGCCAGCCUUGUCAGUAUUCAGAGAUACCACAUGAAAGACAGAAAGUUUGAUGAUAUUGGAUACAAUUUUCUUGUUGCUGGAGAUGGGACUGUGUUCGAGGGUCGUGGCUGGGGUGUGAUGGGCGCACAUGCCAAAGACCACAACAGUGACUCACUGGGAAUUGCCUUCAUGGGGAAUUUCAACAAUGAGACGCCGAGUGAAAAAGCAGUCGUUGCGGUGAAACAGCUGCUGCAGUCUGGAGUUUCCGCAGGAUUUCUACAGCCUGGGUUUGACCUGUAUGGACACAGAGAUCUGGGAAACACAGAGUGUCCAGGAGAAAAGCUUUACGCCGCACUGCCACGACUGAGGAGCACGUCGUGAACCUCGCAGACGAUUUGUCAGUGUUUUGAGGGGAAAUUGCACCCCUUCCUUAAAUUGCACACAGACCCCAUGACCAGCUUCUGUGAAGUAAGCAAGGUGUUAGGAGGAAGAAGCUUUCUAGAUCCGACACUAAUGCUCAGGUUUCUUUUUUCCUCGUCACAUUAUAUGCAUAUUAUUUGCAGAUUAUUAUAUUUUUUAUUAUCUGUUAGCAGGAAGAGUCUGUUUUCACAGCCUGUCAGAGCUUUCUUUUACAGCAGAGGGAGCCGUUGCAUGGGAUGAGAAUAACGCAGGCUUUAUCUGUUUAGAAGUGCAACUGGAAACUCAAUGAUUAAUUGGUUAAGAAUUGACAAAAAGUCUUAUAAUUUAAAAGCUAUGAUUCUUAUAAUUGCUGUGUGAUGUCAACAUAUAGAAAGCACCGUAAAGAUUUCAAAUUGUGUCACAUUUGUUGCAUCUUCGAGAUCAGCAGACUAAGCUGAAGAUCAAAGUAAAAGAAAAUUCUAUAUAGAGCUAUUUAAAACUUAGUGCUGACAACAUAUAGGCAUAUAGGGAAUAAUAUAUGGGGAUUCUAAGUUAUUGUGGACCUCUGACCUCUUCUACAAGGUCAAAUUUUUAUAAAAUGUCUUGUAUCUUUAAAGUUGUACUUAAAAUUCUGCUGCCUUUGUUUGUAUUGGCAACAAUCAGGAAAUAACUCAGGUGUAUGGGGAUUCGAAAUAUCACAUUAUAGUUUGGCUUUCAAAUUUCACAUCCGCCUUUCUUUUAUGCUGACCUCAGAAAUGUGUUUUAUAUUUAAAGAGAAAAUUGAGACAAAGACAAUGAGCUUCCUAGUUAGUUAGAAGUAUAUUGUAGUAUCCUAUUAUAUAAUAAGUUAUUCAUGUCCCAUUAUUUACAAAUCAGUACCUAUUAUUCAUUAUCUACUUCUCUAAAAUGUAAUGCAAAUGUAUAAUCAAAGUAAACAUCUGUCAGAUUUCUCUUAACUAAUUUUUUCUUAAAGGACGUUUAAAAAGAACAAAGAAAAUAAAAAGAAUACAAU